AUGGUUCUACUAUUCCCUGGAUCAUAUUAUUCCCCACCGGAGGAUCUUUCGACGUUUUCGAACAUGCGGCCCAAAAUGACGCUUAGAACGGCAUCCUCCACAUGCCCACCGGUUCAUCCACGAUCGACGCCAAAGACCAUACAACAACACACAACUGGAAACCCAUUUCCUACCCGACUUCGACGCGCCAAAUCUCUACCUGGUAACUUCCUGGGCUCUCGGGAUGCUGGAAAGGCAUUGUUUUGGUUUCGUCCCAAGCAUGCGAAUGCUACUUCGGCUUCACGGUGUCAGAUCACACUCCAAUAUCGUCGGCUGGAUUCCGAGCCAGCAGAGAAACAGAGCCACCCACUGGAUCUUCCUAACCUCAACGAUACCCUAUCGCGAUCAUUCUCCACCAUCGAAACGACAUGCAUUGACGAUGAAAGCGAGCUUUGGGAAUACGACGACGAUGAGGAUAGCCUCGUGGAUGAAGCCAAUGAAGGUCUGAGAGGUUUGAUCUUUCUGGACGAAAGGGAAUGA